GUUCCUUCCUCAGACCUUCUCUUCCACAAUCUAAAAAAAGAACUCUAAUCUUCUUAUAUUAUCCCCUAUAACCCCCUCAAAUAUCCUCCCCCUUUUUUUGUUUGGUUUUCACUAAAUCAAGAUUAUAUUGCAAAACCCCUCUUUAAUUAAUUCGAAACUCAAACAAUGAAUGCUUCAUAGCUACUUGAUCAUCCACUAGCUCUUGUCUGAAACAAGACAUAGAAGAAUCAGACACCUGAUCAAAUGGGCCAUUGCAUUUCAUCACUCUUCUCUUCCUCUCCUUCCAAAACUGGUCUCCACCAUAGUAGUCAUGCCUCAACGAACAACCACAGUAACGGAACAGAGUUCUCGUCAUCAACAACCACCACCCCCGCGACGACAAACAGCAGCGCCGGACUACGGAGCCAAUUCUCCGAGGCGAUAAGCGAGAGUUCCGGUGGGAUUGUGACUGAUUCCGGUCAACUACUGGAAUCGCCACAUCUCAGAGUCUACACCUUUCUUGAACUAUCGACGGCGACCAAGAAUUUCAGACCGGACUCUAUGUUGGGUCAAGGAGGUUUUGGGAAAGUUUACAGAGGUUGGAUCGAUGCCAAGAGUCUUGCUCCUUCUAAAGCAGGCUCCGGUAUGAUCGUGGCCGUUAAAAGAUUGAACUCCGAGAGUGUCCAAGGAUAUUCAGAGUGGCGAUCAGAGAUUAACUUCUUGGGGACGCUUUCACAUCCAAAUCUGGUGAAGUUAUUAGGAUACUGCCGGGAAGACAAGGAGCUUCUCCUUGUCUACGAGUUCAUGCCUAAAGGAAGCCUUGAGAACCACCUUUUCAGACGAGGCGAGCCUUUUCCUUGGGACCUAAGGAUCAAGAUUGUGAUCGGUGCAGCUCGUGGUCUUGCGUUUCUACAUGGCUUACCAAGAGAAGUCAUAUAUAGAGACUUCAAAACCUCCAAUAUACUUCUCGAUUACAAUUAUGAAGCAAAGCUUUCAGAUUUCGGUUUAGCAAAGUUAGGACCAGCACAAGAGAAGUCACACGUUACGACUAGGAUCAUGGGCACGUAUGGUUACGCUGCUCCUGAAUAUAUGGCAACAGGACAUUUAUACGUCAAAAGUGACGUCUAUGCCUUCGGUGUAGUACUAUUAGAAAUAAUGACCGGACUAAGAGCACACAACACAAAACGGCCCAACGGACAAGAGAGUCUAGUCGACUGGUUAAGACCAGAUCUCUUAAACAAACAUGGAGUGAAACAGAUAAUGGACAAAGGAAUCAAAGGUCAAUACUCAUCCAAAGCCGCAGCAGAAAUGGCACGCAUCACACUCUCUUGCACCGAGCUAGACCCAAAAAACCGACCAGACAUGAAGGAAGUAGUCGACGUACUCGAAAACAUCCAACGCAUCAACGUUGUUCCAGACCGUUCUUCCACCAAACCUGCUGUUGCUAGUUCUUCUCGUUCCUCGCCACUUCACUAUCAGUAUGGAUAUCGAGCUGGCGCGGCGGGGGCUGAACGGAGGAGGCCGUCAAGACCGUCGCCUGGAAGGGUUGGAGCACAGAAAGAAAUGGUUGCUUGAUGUUAUUUAUUUAUCGGCCAUACUGAUACGAUAUUGUUUCAAAGUCCUUUUGAUUCUAUUCUAUUCUAUUUUUUAACUCUAUUUAUCUUUAAAUCAGAGUAACUAAAAUUUAUUUUGAUACCAUAUUAUUGGUGUGAUUUGUAUAAAAUACCGUUUUCUUGUGCUGUUG